AUGAGCCAGGCACCGUUAUUAUCAAAAACCGCUCCCAGGAGAAGUCCUCCUCCUAUACCUCUCGGUAUCCAACACUGCCGUCAGCUCAGUGUUGAUACGGAAGCCAGAGAAGGCAGAGCUACCGAUUUUCUAUGUCAGCAAGGCACUCCAGAGCGCAGAGCUUCGGUACCCACCCUUAGAGCAGCUAGCACUGGCCCUGGUCGUCUCGGCGCGAAGGCUUCGCCCAUACUUCCAGGCGCACGAGAUCACUGUUCUGACAAACCAGCCCCUUCGGCAGGUACUCCAAAAGCCAGAAACGUCGGGCCGAUUGGUCAAAUGGGCAAUCGAGUUGGGAGAAUUUGA